AUGUGGGGAACCAGAGUUAUUGUUCCGAAGAAGUUGCAAGACAGGGUUCUGCAAACCCUUCACGAGGGACAUAUCGGGGUGGUUAAAAUGAAGGGCCUCGCGCGCGGUCACGUGUGGUGGCCAAACAUCGAUAAAGACAUCGAGCGUGUUGGGAGACAGUGCGAGGGCUGCCAAGAACUGGCAAGAAAUCCAUCAUCUGCACCCCUACAUCGCUGGGAGUUCCCCGCGCAACCUUGGCAGCAAGUCCACAUAGACUUCGCGGGACCUUUCCAGGGGAGAAUGCUCCUAGUCUGCGUGGAUGUCCAUACGAAAUGGCCGGAAAUAGUGGUCAUGAAGAACACUACUGCUGAAGGAACUGUGGAGGCUCUGCGCUCAAAUUUUGCUAGACUGGGUCUCCCAGAACAAAUAGUGUCCGACAACGAGCCGCAGUUCACUUCUGCAGAGUUUAGGAAGUUCACAGAAGGGAACGGAAUCCGUCACGUUACAGGAGCGCCCUACCACCAAGCAACCAACGGUCUGGCUGAGAGACUAGUCCAGAGUUUUAAGCAUGCAGUGAAAGCAGAUAAGUCGAAUAGAACGCUCGAACACAAGAUCCAUCGGUUCUUGCUGGUGUAUCGCACUGCGCCGCAUGCUACUACCGGUAUAAGUCCAGCGCAGUUGUUGUUCCAGAGGAAUCCAAGGACCAGGUUAGAUCUCCUUAAACCGAGUGUCAAGAACACUGUAGACGGAAAGAACCUACAAGAUGAAAAUAGACCUUUCUCGGUUUUCCGCGAGGGUGACCGAGUCUGGAUUCGGAACUAUCGAGAUGGUCCCAAGUGGGUUCAUGGUACUGUUCUGGAGCAGGUGGGGCCGGUGUUAUACAAAGGCCAGACACAGGAGAAAGUGUGGAGGAGACAUUUUGAACAGCUGCGUCGUGACCAGUUCCAGUUGUCACCUAGGCAAGAGCCCCCGGCUAGCACAGACGCCGUGAACUUGAGAGCGCCAUCAACCGCUGAUCCUACCUUGGAUGUCAGUCAACCCGUUGAUGCUCCUAGGCCGCAGCAGAGUCAAGCAGCUGAAGGUCUAAAGACUACUCCCUCUGGUCGGGUUAUUAGGACCCCAGCUAGGUUCAAGGACUUUGACUGUUCUGGACGAUGA